AUGGAUAAGGCUUGGAUGUAUAUCGAAGAUAGAUUGCAAUCCAACCAAUAUGGUGAAGGCGUUAAACAAUUCAUUGCUAUGGCUCAAGCGCAUGCACCCGGAAGUGAUCGCAUUAGGUGUCCAUGUAGAAGAUGCCGAAAUAUGCUUUUCCAUCCAUUUAGAGUGGUCGAGGAUCAUUUGCUCAUAACUGGGAUUGAUCCAAAUUAUAAUGAAUGGAUAUUUCAUGGUGAGGAAGAAUCUUUGCCUACACAUUUGUCCAACGAGGGAGAUGAUAGAGACAGUGGUAAUGAUGACUACAUUGAUAAUGUAGACGAGAUGUUAAAUGACAUUUGGGUUGGAUCCUUUAUGGAUCAUGAGGCUAGAAAUUCAUCAUGUGAUGAAGCAAAUGUUGGGGGUCACACCUCUGAUACUCCAAAAUACCAAACAUUCGAGGGUUUGCUAGACGAUGCACGUCAUCCACUUUAUCCAUCGUGCACAAAGUUCUCGAAACUAUCAUUUAUAGUCAAGUUACUUCACAUCAAGUGUGUUGGUGGUUGGACCGUGAAGUCGUUUGAUAUGGUUAUAAAGCUGUUGAAAGCAGCAUUUCCUGAUGCUCUUUUUCUUGACUCAUAUCACGAGGCUUGCCGCUUAGAGCGUGGAUUGGGCUUUACAUACAAAAAGAUACAUGCAUGCCCAAAUGAUUGUGUCAUGUUUUGGAAGGAAAAUGCCGACAAAGAUGUCUGCCCUAAAUGUAAUGCAUCUAGAUGGGUUUCACGGAAAAGUAAACAAAUGAGAAUACCUCAAAAAAUAAUGCGUUGUUUUCCUUUGAAAACUCAGUUACAAAGACUAUUUAUGUUAAAAAAUAUAGCAGAAGCCAUGAGAUGGCAUGUAGAAGAACGUGGUGAUGAUCCAAGUUUCAUGAGACACCCAGCUGAUUCUAGGGUAUGGAAAGAAUUUGAUACCAAACAUGCAUGGUUUUCCAAUGAUGCUCGUAAUGUCAGGCUUGGGCUAGCUAGUGAUGGUUUCAACCCAUUUAAUAACAUGAGCAGACCGUACAACAUAUGGCCAGUACUACUUGUGCCUUACAACUUAUCCCCUUGGUUAUGCAUGAAAGAUCCAUACAUGAUUAUGUCUUCACUAAUCCCUGGCCCCAAGGCACCAGGAAAUGAUAUCGAUGUGUUUUUGCGUCCUUUAGUAGCCGAGUUGAAAGAAUUAUGGGAAAAGGGCAUCGAUACAUAUGAUUCAUUCAAGUCAGAAACAUUUAGGCUACAUGCAACGUUGCUUUGGAUGAUCAAUGACUUCCCCGCAUACUCCAAUCUUUUUGGGUGGAGCACGAAAGGAAAGAUGACUUGUCCUACAUGUAAUGUUGAAACAGACAUGUGA